AAAACCAACUUCUUAAACAGAUUCAAGGAAAAUUCUUACGAUUAGAUUAGACACUAAACUAAGCAAAAACACAGAGAUAAGUUAAAACAGAAACAAUGUCCAUUUUCAUCAUCUUCCUCCUUCUUCUCUCUACUUCUGUAUCCGUCUCCGGCCAAAAAAAGCGAAGUGUCUACCAGGUUCUCGAAAACUACACCUUACCACGAGGAAUAUUACCAGAAGGUGUCCACGACUACGACCUAAACCGAAGAACUGGCGUUUUCAAAGUCCGUUUCAACACCACGUGUCAGUUCUCCAUAGACUCGUACAAGGUCAAAUACAAACCCGUAAUCUCCGGCAUCAUAACAAGAGGACGGGUCAUAAGGUUGAUAGGCGUAAGCGUCAAAGUUCUUUUCUUUUGGAUCAACAUCUCCGAGGUGUCUCGUGACGGCGACGACGUCGAGUUCUUCGUUGGUGCUGCUUCGGAGGAGUUCUCGAGCAAGUAUUUCGUGGACAGCCCAAAGUGUGGUUGUGGGUUUAAUUGUUAUAGGCCUAUCUCUUCCUCUUAAAGCCCAUGGGCCUUAAAGCUGUUAUGAUUAUAAUAUAUAAAAUAAACACGGCCUCGAAGCUGUUAUGAUUUAUGAAUAUAUAAAAAUAAACACUACUGUUGGUUUAA